AGGAAGUAGAGGAGUAGAAGAAACAAAUAUCUCUGCUUCUACGAAACUCUCACACUGAGUCCACAAUUCAGUUUUUUUGAUCGAUUGAUCAUGAUAAUGAAACCCAAUUCCACUCUCUAACUGCUUAUCUUUGUCUCUACUCGCUUCGUUUUCCCUCAAGAGAGUGAUUCAAUGGAGAAACAUCUGGAAGAUACUAAAAUGGGUCGUUCUGAAGGGGCCUUUAAGAUUCCAUCGGUCAAUGUUCCUAGAAAAUUAGAGAAUACUGCAUGGGGAAUCUUUCGUACAGCUGAGGCUUAUCAUGCAUCAAGUGAUACUAGCUUGUUUUCAAGCUCAUUGCCGGUCCUUCCACAUGAAAAGUUGAAUUUUACUGAUUCGGGGCACUUGCGUCAGUCUGUUGAUGAUAGCUUGCCCAAUCUAAUUAAAGUUGAACAAGACAUUGAGUUUAAAGAUCCACUUGAAAAUGCUGAAUCAAAUUCGUUCAGAAUUACACUUCCUGAUGAUGAAGAUGAGCUGUUAGCCGGCUUAACAGAUGAUUUUGAUCUAAGUCGGUUGCCUAGUCAUCUGGAGGAGAUGGAAGACUAUGAUCUCUUUGGCAGUGGCGGCGGAAUGGAAUUGGAUUUUGAAUCGCAAGAUAACCUUGGUAUCAGUUUGUCAAAGCUAAGCAUAUCUGAUGGGGUUAGUCCAAAUGGUAUUGGUCAUUAUGCUCUUCCAAAUGGAGCGGGAACUGUGGCCGGAGAACAUCCUUAUGGGGAGCAUCCGUCAAGAACCUUGUUCGUCAGAAAUAUCAAUAGUAAUGUUGAGGACUCCGAAUUGAGAUCUCUAUUUGAGCAAUAUGGAGAUAUCAGAACUUUAUAUACUGCCUGCAAGCACAGGGGAUUUGUGAUGAUUUCAUACUAUGAUAUUCGAUCUGCUCGCACUGCAAUGCGUACAUUACAGAACAAGCCCUUGAGACGAAGAAAACUUGACAUUCAUUUUUCAAUUCCCAAGGAUAACCCUUCAGAAAAGGAUAUCAACCAAGGAACUCUUGUAGUUUUCAAUUUGGAUGCAUCAGUGUCAAAUGAUGACCUUCGACAGAUAUUUGGGGCUUAUGGAGAAGUCAAGGAGAUCCGAGAAACACCACACAAGAGACACCAUAAAUUCAUAGAGUUUUAUGAUGUUAGAGCUGCGGAGGCAGCUUUAAGAGCACUAAAUAGGAGUGACAUAGCUGGGAAACGUAUAAAGCUUGAACCCAGCCGCCCUGGUGGAGCUCGAAGAAACUUGAUGCAGCAACUAAGUCAAGAGCUUGACCAAGAUGAAACUCGUAGUUUCCGACAUCAAGUGGGUUCACCGAUGACCAACUCUCCUCCAGGUACCUGGGCACAAAUUGGAAGCCCCAUUGAACAUAAUCAGUUUGGUUUUAGCAAGUCCCCUGGUGUGGGAAGCCUGAGUCCUGUUGACAGCAACCAUUUACCUGGGUUAGCUUCACUUCUUCCGACUCAUGUUCCUAACUCCCCAAAGAUUGCACCUAUUGGUAAAGACCAAGGAAGGUUGAACCAUACAAGUCAGAUAUUUAGUAACUCCACUUCAACGCCAGGAGCAACAUAUCAGCAUUCUCAUUCCUUUCCUGAGCAGAAGUUAAGCACUAGUCCAGGUCCUAUCUCAUAUGGCGAGUCGAAUUCAAAUUCAUCAGGUAUUGGAACGUUGUCAGGUCCUCAGUUUCUCUGGGGAAGCCCAACUCCUUAUUCCGAGCCCAAGUCUUCUGCCUGGCCAACAUCAUCUGUGGGACGUCCCUUUUCUUCUGGUGGACAGGGACAAGGUUUUCCAUUCACUAGCAGGCAAAGCUCUUUCCUCAGUUCACAUAACCAUCAUGUGGGAUCUGCUCCAUCUGGUGUUCCUCUGGAUAGGCAUUUUGGCUACUUCCCUGAAUCACCUGAAACAUCCCUCAUGAAUCCAGUGUUUGGGGGCAUGGGUUUAAGCCGCAACAAUGGUAAUUACAUGAUGAACAUGGGAGGUCGUGCAAAUUUGAAUGCUGGUGUCGGUCUUCCUGGAAACAUUAGUGAUAAUGGCUCUCCUAGUUUUAGAAUGAUGUCGAUGCCAAAGCAUAGUCCUGUGUACCUUGGGAAUGGUUCUUACACUGGACCUGCAACAACCAUCAGUGAGCUAUUUGCCGAUCGUGGUAGGAGUCGGCGGGUUGAGAAUAGUGGGCCUCAAGUUGAUAGCAAAAAGCAGUAUCAACUUGAUUUAGACAAAAUUCUCCGCGGGGAAGACAGUAGAACUACUUUAAUGAUCAAAAACAUCCCAAAUAAGUACACUUCUAAAAUGCUGCUGGCUGCUAUUGAUGAAAAUCACCAGGGUACAUACGAUUUUCUGUACUUGCCAAUCGACUUUAAGAAUAAGUGCAAUGUGGGUUAUGCCUUCAUCAAUAUGGUGUCUCCUUCCCACAUUGUUGCCUUUUAUGAGGCAUUUAAUGGCAAGAAGUGGGAGAAGUUUAACAGUGAAAAGGUUGCUUCGCUGGCUUAUGCACGUAUCCAGGGUAAAGCUGCCCUUGUGACUCAUUUUCAGAAUUCAAGCCUCAUGAAUGAGGACAAGCGUUGCCGGCCUAUCCUCUUCCACUCAGAGGGCCAAGAGACUGGUGACGAGGAAACAUACCUCUCCAGAAAUCUGAACAUAUGCAUACGGCAGCCAGAUGGCUCUUAUGUGGGUGACUCAUUGGACAGUCCAAAGGGGAAUCUGGAUGAGAAUCCAGAUAACGAAUAACAAUGGAUGCCUGAGGGAGGAUUGGGCUGCUAACUUCUGCACAGUUAACUGUACAAAGUAGAGAAGACUUCGGGGUGUGGGGUAUGUAAUAACUUAUGGCUAGCGUCUGCUUUUGAGUGCUGGAUACUUCUGAUAUUUCUAGAGAAGGUAUCAAGGGAAAGCGGCAGAGAGCAUUUUGUUCAUUUGUAGAGUACAAAUUGUUAUUCAACCACGGGAGUAGAAUAAGGUGAAGCAUAUUGCUGAAUUGUGUAGUCCUCUGCGGCCAUAUGCAUUACUCAACUGUGUGCAGAAUCUCCCCUGGCUUCUUUUCUUCUUUUUAAUUUUAUGUUAUGGGUCUUUUUCAUCCCAUUUGCAAAUACAAUCGCAUGUGUAUAUGGUCAAAUGCCCUGUUGGAUAUUAGGGCUCAGGGCUGUUUCAAAAAGGGAAAAAAAGAAAAAGAAAAAAAAAGGGUUGUAUAGAUGGGAGACAGUCAUCUUGUUCAUAUUGUAUCUGGUCUUGUCAUGUACUGAAGAAAAAAGUCGUAUUAAUAUAUGGCUGGCUGUACAG